AGAACCUUCCUGGUAUAUGAACACACUUGACCGAGAAAGUUAAAGAAGAUUCGCGUUUGCUUUUCUUUUUCUUAUUUUCUCUUCGGAGCAGUUCUGCGUAUAAAUACAGAAUUACUAUUCUGUAUUAUUAUUAUUAUUAUUAUUAUUACCAUUUUCUUGCCCAUAAUCGAAAUCUGCAAUUUACGAUUCUCUUUCCAGCUACUGCCGCUGCUGUGGUCUCCAUUUCCAGGGGGUUCGAGUCCUCGUUGAAAUCUUUCUCAUUGCAGAUUUAGCUCUGCUUCGCGUGCUUCGAUUGUUCUCUUCGCUUCUCUUUCUUUCUUUCUUUUUCGUUUUUGAAAAUUAGGGCGUGAAUUGGGCGAAGCUCGCGUGGGAAGGAAAUCGAAUAAACAUGUUUUUCAGCGGCGAUCCUUCUACUCGUAAGCGUGUUGAUUUAGGCGGUCGCAGCUCGAAAGAACGGGAUAGAAAGAAUCUUCUUGAGCAGACACGAUUAGAGCGGAACCGGCGUUUGUGGUUGCGCCAGCAGAACUCUGCUGCACUCAAGAUUCAGAAAUGCUUCAGAGGGAGAAAAGUUGUCAGAACAGAACGGUCUAAACUACGAGAGAAAUUUCUUAGCAUCUAUGGGGAGAACUGUCAGAACUUAGACAGGAAUGCUUUUGGUCCAGAUUCAGAUUUCCUCCGUCAGUUCCUCUAUUUCUUUAAUGCAGAAAGUAUUGAUGAUUUUUUAAUUCUUGUGCAAAUUUGCCGAUUGCUUCAACAGUAUGUUCAAGAGACUGGGGAUGUUGUCCAACUUUUUGCUGCUGAGGACUACUUGUCCAGGUGUGCUUUGGUGAACUAUCGAGUGAAGCAAUUUGUAUAUACUUGUAUUCGUGCUGUACAUCAUAAUAGGUAUCACUUGAAGGAUCAGCUUUUAUUAACUCUGAAGGAAUCUAAUGUAUCGGCCAUUCCUUUACUGGAGGUCUUAGUAUUGUUGAUAGAUCCCAAACUGCCAUGGAGCUGUAAGAUAGUAUCAAGUCUGUCUAAAAACAGUGCAUUUAGUCUACUUAGAGAGAUUAUUCUUACAGGAAAGGAUAAUGCUGAAAAUUGUAUUUACAGUGAAAAAGGAUCAUCAUUGGAGCGUGUGCUUACUGUUGUAACUUGCCACAUUGGUCAGAAGCCAUGUAUCUGUUCACCUACUGAUCCAGUAUAUAGCUUCUCAUCACAGAUCCUUUCGAUUCCUUUCUUGUGGCAUGUUUUUCCAAACCUAAAACAGGUAUUUGCACAACAGGGCCUGGGCCAACAUUACGUUCAUGAGAUGGCAACAUGGUUACCAAAUCUGAUGAAUUCUCUUCCUAAUGAUAUAUCAGAUGAAUUUCCUACCUAUGCCUGUCUUCUUGGAAAUAUAUUAGAAACUGGUGGAAUUGCUUUGUCUCGACCUGACUGUUCAUUUGAUAUGGCUGUAGACCUUGCUUCUGUUACUACAUUUUUGCUGGAAUCAUAUCCAUCUCCGACAAGAUCUGAUGGUAGAGAGAAUUCUAAAAUUGCCAAUGAUGAAAUGACUGGCGAAGAUGAAGUCAUGGAAGUAGUUUUGGAUAGGAAAUUGAACCAACAAAUUUCUAAUGCCAUUGAUACUCGCUUCCUUCUGCAACUGACAACUAUAUUAUUUAGAGAUUUUUCAUCUUCAAAUGGUUCAGAUCAUGAGCCAGAGGACAGGGAGGUUGCAGCUGUUGGUGCAGUUUGUGGAUUUUUACAUGUUAUCUUCAACACAUUGCCACUUGAAAAGAUUAUGACUGUACUUGCCUACAGAACUGAACUUGUUCCUAUACUUUGGAAUUUUAUGAAACGGUGCCAUGAGAACAAAAAGUGGUCAUCUUUGUCUGAACGGUUAUCAUACCUCUCCGGUGAUGCACCAGGUUGGCUGUUGCCACUUUCUGUAUUCUGUCCUGUUUACAAGCAUAUGCUCAUGAUAGUUGAUAAUGAGGAGUAUUAUGAGCAGGAGAAACCACUAUCACUGAAGGAUAUUAGAAGCCUUAUCACUCUGCUAAGGCAGGCUCUGUGGCAGUUAUUGUGGGUGAAUCAUACCACAUCUGCCAAUUUGGUAAAAUCGGGUCCCGUCAGCACAGCAAUUAAAAAGCAGUUCGAAGCUAUUCAACAGAGGGUUAGCAUUGUAGUCUCGGAGCUUCUGUCCCAGCUGCAAGAUUGGAACAACAGAAGACAGUUUACAUCACCCAGUGACUUCCAUGCUGAUGGGGUGAAUGACUACUUUAUCUCUCAGGCCAUUAUAGAAAAUACACGAGCAAAUGAAAUUUUGAAGCAGGCUCCUUUCUUGAUACCAUUUACUAGCAGGGCUAAAAUUUUCACUUCUCAACUAGCUGCUGCUAGACAAAGACAGGGAUCUCAGGCUGUUUUUACUAGAAAUCGGUUCAAAAUUCGUCGGAAUCAUAUUUUGGAAGAUGCCUACAAUCAAAUGAGUCAGCUGUCAGAAGAUGACCUUCGAGGACUGAUUCGUGUGGCUUUUGUUAAUGAAUUUGGAGUUGAAGAGGCAGGAAUAGAUGGAGGUGGAAUAUUCAAAGAUUUUAUGGAGAACAUCACACGUGCUGCAUUUGAUGUGCAAUAUGGAUUAUUUAAGGAGACAGCAGAUCACCUGCUUUAUCCUAAUCCUGGAUCAGGAAUGAUACAUGAACAACAUCUCCAAUUUUUCCAUUUUCUUGGUACUCUUCUUGCGAAGGCUAUGUUUGAAGGGAUUCUGGUUGAUUUACCAUUUGCUACUUUCUUUUUGAGCAAAUUGAAACAAAAGCACAACUAUCUAAAUGACUUGCCUUCCCUGGAUCCAGAAUUAUAUCGUCAUCUUAUUUUUCUUAAGCAUUAUGAGGGUGACAUUUCGGAGUUGGAACUAUAUUUUGUUAUAGUAAACAAUGAAUACGGAGAGCAAACAGAAGAGGAGCUGCUUCCACGGGGAAAGAACAUCCGUGUUACUAAUGAGAAUGUCAUUACUUUUAUUCAUCUAGUAGCCAAUCACCGCUUGAAUUGUCAGAUACGUCAGCAAAGCUCUCAUUUCCUGAGAGGAUUUCAGCAACUUAUUCAGAAGGAUUGGAUUGAUAUGUUCAAUGAGCAUGAACUUCAGCUUUUGAUAUCAGGUUCACUUGACAGCUUGGAUGUUGAUGAUUUGCGGCAGCAUACAAACUAUGCAGGAGGCUAUCGUAGUGAGGAUUAUGUUAUUGAGACAUUCUGGGAAGUUCUCAAAGGCUUUUCAUCAGAAAACAAAAGAAACUUUUUGAAGUUUGUGACAGGUUGCUCUCGGGGACCAUUGCUUGGAUUCCGAUAUCUUGAACCUUUGUUUUGCAUACAAAAGGCCGGUGGUAAUGCUUCGGAGGAAGCUCUUGACCGAUUACCGACAUCAGCCACCUGUAUGAAUUUACUAAAGCUUCCACCUUAUAAAAGUAAAGAGCAAAUGGAAACCAAAUUAUUGUAUGCCAUAAAUGCUGACGCUGGCUUUGAUUUGAGUUAAAAGGAGGCACGGCAAUUUACCGCACCAUUAGAGGUUCAGUAGUAAUUUUUACUAGAAUAUCCGAUGUAAUGUGAACUGAAGAUAGGAGUGUCAUGUACAUAAUAUUCAUUUUCAUCUUCUCUGUCAAUUUGUCCUUAAAUGUAAAUAUAUUUGGCAAAAAUAAAUUACGGUGGGAUAUUGUUUUGUAUCACUAAAGUCCUAUGGAAUUAAAAAUUUCAGGAUCGAACUUAACUUACAAUUGAUAUAUCAAACAUACGAUCAC